UAUCUGCGUGGCUCUUUUCAAUGAGUGAAGAAUGUAGUUAUAUGAAAUAAGGCAUUAGUGCGUUAUCACCCUUAGGGUAAAAAUGCUGGUGUGAGGAAGUAUACAAGCUUGUUUGUUUUUUUUCCUGCUUGGUUUCUUGGGGCUUUUUGUUUUUCCGUUGAACGCUGAGAUUGUUGAUCUGCAAGAAGCAUUGAUGUGAACUUCUAACACCGGUUACUGGAUGAAGGUUUAUAUUUUAUUUUAUGAUGAGUCUCUGCGUGAAACUCUGUCUGAUCCUGGUUGCACUGACUCCUUCUAUUGCAGACAUUUCUUCGUAUGUUCCACAAAUCACUCAGAAGGUCCCUGUAGGGAACUUGACAUCAUCAACAUUUUUGUUGGAUCAACCUCAGUGUGUUUUUAACACAUCCGGUGUAAAUGAAGUCUGGUUGGUUGUUGCACUGAAUAGCGUUACACCUACGUUGAAAAAUGAAAAUCUUGGUGUGCCGGUCAAUUGUUCUUCAUUUCCGGUUACAAAAUAUUAUUAUACACUCCGUGUUAUUGAAAAAAAUUACCCCUGCAACCUUACUAACAACGUAUUGGCUGUGCUUGAUGUUGGCUCCCAGACAAACUGCACUGAUAUCCAGUUCUGCAAUUGUCCGUUACAUUCCACAGAUGUGUACCGGGUGAAAUUUGUUGUGCUGAAUAAUACUGGCUUUGUCGGGGCAACAAACUGGUCUAGUCCAAUAAAACUGAAAGAAGUAAUGAACUACACCUCUAUCACCCUGCCUCUGGUGCGCAGUGAAGGCAUGAUCGUCCUGACAGCUAUACUCGGAAUCCUCUUGGCUGUUUUGCUCAUAUGCAUAAUCGUUGCACUCUUUAUAGGAAGUAGGAACAUUUUCUGGCACGGGAGAUUGGAAAGUAACAAAUUGUUCUCAACGGAUUUGGAAAAUAGAGGAACAUAUAAGAAGCAACCUCUACAUAAUGUUUAUAUUGGAUAAUGAUUCUGACAGUCAUUCAUAAUGCAUUGCUUUCUUUUCAGCUAUUACAAUUGAGAAUCAGAGGAAAUGUAGCUCAAAAACAUCUGCAGAGAUAGUUUCACUGCUCUAUCUAGAACAUA